AUGGAGGGCAUCAACAAGAUCGUGACAGGUAAGCUCGUGGAGUUGUCGGAGCAGGAGCUGAUCGACUGCGAUCACAAGAGCCAUGGCUGCAAAGGCGGACGCAUGGAUUACGCUUUCCAGUGGGUUAUCAGCAAUGGCGGGAUCGACACCGAGGCCGACUACCGCUUCACCGGACGUGACGGCACUUGUGAUGCCAACAAGAUAAAGAAGAAGGUUGUGUCCAUAAGUUCGUACAAGAGGGUGUUGCCAGCCAACAAUGAGAAGGCGUUACAGGCGGUGGUGGCCAAUCAGCCUGUUAGCGUCACCAUCGAGGCUGGCGGCCGUUCGUUCCAGCUCUAUAAAUCGGGUGUCUUCGACGGCGUAUGCGGGACGAAGCUAGACCACGGCGUCACAGCGGUGGGCUAUGGCAGCGAGAAUGACAAGGAUUACUGGAUCGUGAAGAACUCGUGGGGCAUCAGCUGGGGCGAGGCCGGCUACAUCCGCAUGAGGCGCAACGUGGCCGCGCCCACGGGCAAGUGCGGCAUCGCCAUGGAUACCUACUACCCGGUCAAGAAUCACCCCAGGGCAUACAGGACUGCACAGUCUGCGCUGGAGCUAGAGAUGGUUCUGGCGUAA